GGGAGGUGCUCCCGAGAUUCCUGGAGCCGCGCUUGUCCACUGCUUGAGGAGUUCCUGUCUUCACCAUGCCGAUGAAGGGUCGGUUCCCUAUCCGCCGUACGCUGCAGUACCUAGGUCGCGGGGACGUGGUAUUCAAGGACUCGGUGAAGGUCAUGACUGUGAACUACAACACACGUGGGGAACUGGGCGAAGGCGCCAGGAAAUUCGUGUUUUUCAACAUCCCUCAGAUCCAGUAUAAAAAUCCUUGGGUGCAGAUCAUGCUGUUCAAGAACAUGACACCAUCGCCCUUCCUGCGGUUCUAUCUAGAUUCUGGGGAGCAAGUCCUGGUAGACGUGGAGAUGAAGAGUAAUAAGGAGAUCAUGGAGCACAUAAAGAAAAUCUUGGGCAAGAAAGAGGAGACCCUCAGGGAGGAGGAGCUGGAGAAGCAGCAGCGCUUUCAUCCAGGCAACUUUGGCCCCCGGAAGUACUGUCUGCGGGAGUGCAUGUGUGAAGUAGAAGGUCAGGUGCCCUGCCCUGGUCUGGUGCCCUUACCCAAGGAGAUGACAGGGAAGUACAAAGCUGCUCUGAAAGCCAGUACUUAGGUCUAAGCAAGGUCAUCUGGGAUGAACUGGUGGCAUCUGACUGGUAGAGGUGGAUUACAUUGGUACUAUAAAUGAUGGAACUCUGCAAUGGAAAGGCCAGCUUGCACAUCCAUUUAAAGGACACGGGACGAAGACUGGGGUUGCCAGCUGCUGAACAGAUAUCAAUAAACAAUUUAGUCUUCCUAUA